GGAAAUUGCAGUCGUCAUGCCUGUCACGAAGAAGAGUUUUAGAGUUGGCUCCAGCCAAAAGCUGUCAGGUGGGCGUGCUUGUUGCGGUCGCGCUUUUGCCAUGGUUUUCAUUCGGUGGAGUUUGCCACUCCUGAGCCUCGCCCAAGCCCAUUUGGGGCCUGGCGAGCAACCAUUGCCAAAGAUUGCAAAGGCGGGUGAGCAAAACUUUGACCAGAUGGCAGCGGCGGGUAUCAAUUCUGUGAAUGGGAUUUCUGCUACGGGCCAGCGGAACCCUUUGCAAUUCCCAUACUUGACAGACUUUUGGUGUGCCUACGAGCUAAGUGAUCGGAGCCGAACCAUGGCCUUGCUAAUCGAUGACAUGCAGGUUGAGUACAAAGAGUACGUGCAGGGAAUUGUGGCGCCAAUACAGGAACUGCUGGUGGAGUUCCGAAAGGCCAAGCUUCCAAUCUUUUGGAGCACGUGGUGGCGAUGGGGUCCAGAGGAUGGCUUUUUCAACUCGAUGGAUCGCUUUUACGGUCCUAUUGGGUGGAACACGUCUUUGAACGCCUUGUAUAAUCACAAGCCCAACGGUGGUGAUGUUCUUCCAGAGGUGGCGCCAGAGACGGAGGAGGAGAAGAACCGCGUUAUGCACAAGAGCUAUUCUUUGGAUAUGUUCGACGAAAGGCCCAUGAAAUGGAAGGUUCCAAACAACCAAGGUACACUUCACCAGGAGCUGCAAAAGCUUGGAGUUGAUACAGUCGUCCAGGUUGGAGCUUGGACAGAUGAUUGCAUCAUUUCAACGGCUUUUCAUGCGUUCAGCCUCCAGUAUGACGUGGUUUUGAUUGAGGAUGGUGUCUCCACUGCUAGCAAGCAGCAUUUCAAUGCAAUCGAGGUGAUGCGUGGGGCUGCUGCCAAGGUUCUUUUAGCGCAGGAUGUGGUCAAAUACUUCAAAGCAGGUCGCCCAGUAGAACCUCCUUUGCCAAAGGCAAAGCUGGCAGGACCACGUUUGGCACUGAAGCCUUUGCCGUCAGAUCUGAGAAGUAGCAAUGCUGAGACCCAACCGAGUACUGCUCAGAACCUCCUGGUCGCGCCUCAGGGACGCACCUUUGCUGAUGGAGCAAUAUUGUUAGUAGUCGGGUGUAUUGGCCCGAUUUCUUUCGCAGCCGGCUGGAUUUUGCGUGGUCGAUCCACAUUUACACGUCGUGAUGCCCCACUGCUGUGAAUCGUCUUUGAUUUGCUUAGAGGCUUUAGACACUUUGUGUGCUUCUUAAUUAUCUUAUUGUGCUUGAAGUACUGCCGCUUGCGUGAGUCUGGAAAA